AUGGCGGUUGCAGCAACAGAUUUUUAUUUACCUAAUGACUGUUGGGAAUCCGUCUUCAAAUUCCUCAUUGACGACAACGACAUCAACAAUGGUUUCUACUUCAAGUCUCUUUCUGUCGUCUCCAAACAGUUUCUCUCUAUCACCAACGGUCUCCUAUUUUCUUUCGCCGUGUCCUCCGGCAGUGAAUCAACACGCCUUCUUCCCUCUCGCCUCUUCCAAAGAUUCACCAACCUCACCUCCCUCGACCUCACGUGGUACAGAGGUAACCUCAACGAGCUUCUGUCUCAAGUCUCUUGUUUCCCAUUGAAACUCACAUCGCUCAAUCUCUCCCACCAAUCCUACAUUCCUGCUGAUGGACUGCGAGCUUUCUCCGUAAAGAUUACAACGUUGACAUCUCUCAUUUGUUCGAACAUCCGUAUUUUCAAUAGUAAUGACUUGUUCCUCAUUGCCGAAUGUUUUCCUUUACUUGAAAUACUUGACCUCAAUGGCCCUUUAUUUUGUAUCGACGGUUGCAAUAGCAUUCUCCAUGGGGUAGAGACUCUUUCAUUAGCAUUUUCCAGACUCCGCAAAAUUAAUCUCUCUCGUCAUGACUACCUCAACAACCAUUUGCUUUUCCACUUGUUCAAAAAUUGUAAUCUUCUUGAAGAGACUAUCAUUUCUAACUGUGAUUUUGGGAGAAUGAGUGUCGAGAAUUCUAAGUCUUUCAAGGAUAUUGGUGUAAGCCCUCAAUUAAAGUCUCUUGAUUUGGGUCACAAUCAAUGUUUAAGAGAUAAAAACAUCAUAAUGUUUGCUUCAAUUUUCCCCAAUUUGCAGCUGCUUGAUCUGCGCCAUUGCUGUAACAUAUCUAAAAGAGCUAGAGGUGUUGAACUUGUCAUGUACAAAAAAGUUAAUGAUGAAACGCUUUAUGUGAUCUCAAAGAAUUGUCGUGGACUUUUGUGCCUUUUACUGAAAGAUAGUUAUGGUGUCACAAACAAUGGAGUGAAGCGUGUGGUAGAAAAUUGCACACAACUGGAAGAGAUUGAUUUGAGGGGUUGUUAUAAAGUGCAUCGUAGUGUGGUUUCGUCAAUGGUAUCUUCAAGGCCAUCGUUGAGAAAGAUAAUAGCAUUAUUUGAGUGA